GUUACACAUGUAUGGAGUAUUUUUUUAUUAAAAAGAACAAUAAACUCCCUAGUUUUAAAAAGAUGAAGGUCUGUAUAAAUAGUCAUUCGAGGGGUCUUCUUCUCAUAAUUUAAACAAGCCUUCUUAAAAAAAUCACCCAUCUCUCUCUCUCUCUUAUUAGUACUCCCUAUUAAACACACACACACACAUCCUAUAAAAACAUGGACCGCCGUAUUAUGGCCGUGGCCGCCGCCAUUGUAGCUAUAGCUUUAGCUUCUUCUCCAUCUUCUUCUCCAUUUGCUGGUGCAUCAGAUCCCAACAAUUUGCAGGAUUUUUGUGUGGCUAUCGAUGGUUCCAAGGCUAAUGUUUUCGUGAACGGGAAGACGUGCAAGAAUCCAACGGAAGUGACGGCGGACGACUUCUUCUUGGAAGCCCGCCUAGUCACCCCAAGAAACACGUCGAACUCGCUCGGUUCAACGGUGACGCCGGUGACGGUGGAACAACUCCCGGGACUGAACGCCCUCGGGGUUUCGAUAGGGCGCGUCGAUUUCGCCCCGAACGGAGUCUCGCCGCCCCACACGCACCCCCACGCCGCGGAGGUCAUCGCGGUGGCGGACGGUGUCCUCUACGCCGGAUUCGUCGACUCCAAGAGCAAACUCUUCGCGAAGACGCUCAACCCGGGUGACGUUUUCGUCGUCCCGAAAGGGCUCGUCCAUUUCCUGUUCAACGUGGGAGGGAGCCGUACCGCCGUCGCCUUUUCCGGGCACGGGAGCCAGAACCCGGGAGGCAUCACCGUAGCCAACUCUGUUUUUGCGGCAGACCCUCCCAUUUUUCCGGAACUCCUGGCUAAAGCAUUCCAAUUAGACAGCGGCGUGAUUAACAAUCUCCAAUCACAGAUUUGGUAUGAGCCCAGCAAAUGAUGAUUAGUAAUUAAUUACUCCGUAAUAAAAUAAUGAUCGGAGGAGUGCCCCUAGCUAUAUAUGUACUUAAAGCUUCUAUGAAUGUGCCCCGGCCGGACAAUAAAAAAUAUUUGUACUAAAAUAAGAUAAUUUCC